GGUCGCUCAGAAUUCCCACCUAUUUGUGCCGUCUGCCUUUUUUUUUCCUUUCUCGGUGGUUGUGUUGCGGUUAAUUGGAACGCUCGUCAUUAAUGCUACCAUCCCUAAAUAACUGCGUACUUCGCCCAUCGUUGUCACCUUGUCGUCUCAACACGAUUUGUUGCAUCCGCAGUGGGAAACAAUCUCACUGCGCCAUCCCUUCUCGUGUCUGGUGGUGUCUUUCUGAACAAUUACUGGCGACUUUUGCUCAUAGUUUGUUAUAUAAAGUGUAAAUUUAAUGAUGUCCUCGCUAGGAAAGGUCACCUUGGGUGGUCCGCAGGCAGAAAAACAACUGAUAAGACGAUAAGAACCCAUGAAGGCAUCACGUGAAGUACCCUCUCGAGCCUAGGAAAGAGAUAUUUAUGUCUUUCCUAGUCACCGUGAUGUGACUAGCUCACAUAGGGCACAUAGACGUUGUAAUAUAUAAUCUUUUCCCCUUCUAGCUUAAUUGAUACAUAUUAUAAUACACAUUUUUAUAUUUGUGCAGUUUUGAAACCUAUAGCUCCCAUUGAUGGUCCUCUAUUCGACAGAAAAUAAAAUUUUUUUGUUAUGUUAAACCGGUAGGGCCCUGCUGUAGGUGAAACUAACCCUGAAUGACAUUACUGACAUGCCAUUUAAAAGUCAGACUACGGACACUUUAUGAAUACGUUGUGGAGGCGAUCUUCAACACAACGCAGUGACGAGCAUGAAUUUAUGAACGCCAAUCGUUGUUAGAAAGCAUGCAGCAAGCCCUGUAUGGAAUGUGGGCCAUGGGUCCGGCGUGGGAACAUCGACGACGAUCGUAACUGAAGUGUUCGGCGGAGCCAGGGCACGAUGAGCGCAGGGUACAAAGACUGACACGUGAUCUACCUGGUGCUUGAAAGGAGUACUGAAGAAAAAGCAGGUAUUCGAUCAACCACCCGUCAACACGUGCCAUCACAGCGAGGGCUGCCAGGGAGGUCACCUUCUUGCACACGGUUGUAUCGCCCAAUAAGAGACGAUGACGACCGUUACGACAAAUAAAUCAGAGCUGGAGCUUCACAAACUCCUUGAACGAGCAGUCCUUCUCUCCUACUACGACAAAUUCAUCGAGAUAGGCGGGGACAAUGUGCAGCAGCUUCGUGACUCCAGCGGACACGAUUUCCAGGAGUUGAUCAACAUGGUAGAUAUGGCCAGAAAGCCACCUCACGUCAAGAGGUUCAAGAAAGCACUGGCAGAGUGGAAACCAGACACAGUUUCAGCAACGUCCACUCCAGCGGAUGGGGCAGAAGGGGAGCUUCACAACCUACUUCGAGGAGCAGAUCUUCUCUCCUAUCACGACAAGUUCAUGGAGAUAGGCGGGGACAAUGUUCAGCAGCUUUUUGACUCGACGGCGGGCGAUUUCCAGGAAGUGAUUGACCUUGUUGAUAUGGCCAGAAAGCCAUUUCACGUCAAGAGACUGGAGAAAGCACUGGGCCAGUGGACAGGACCGUCAGUCGCGGUAGCGUCCAGUGCGGCCGACGAAUCAGAAGGGGAACUGCACAAAUUACUUCGAGGAGCGGAUCUUCUCUCCUACCACGACAAGUUCAUCGAACUAGGCGCAGACAAUGUGCAGCAGCUUUGUGACUCAACCGACGAAGAGUUCCAGACACUCGCCGAGCACGUAGGCAUGGCCAGAAAGCCCCUUCACGUGAAAAGAUUGAAGAACGUACUCAAACAGCGGUCAGGCCAUGCAGUCAUAAUGACGUCCAUUCCUUCAAACGAGUCGGAGCGUGAAGUUCACGAACUGCUUCAGCGAGCGGAUCUCCUCGCUUACUACGACAAGUUCAUCGAGAAAGGCGUAGACAAUAUGCAGCGGCUUUUUGACUCGACUGAAGAAGAGUUCCAGAAGUUCAUGGAUCUUGUUGGCAUGGCCGGAUACCCUUUUCACGUGAUGAGGUUCCAGAACGAAGUAGAACAGUGGACAGGGCACCCAGUCACAAUGACGCCCGUUCCGGCAAAUAAACCGAGACUAUCUGAGAUUCACCACCUCCUUGAACGAGCGGGUCUCCUCUCUUACUGGGAGAAAUUUGAGGAAACAGGCGUAGACAAUGUGCAGCAGCUUUUUGACGCGACGAAAGAAGAGUUCCAGGAGUUUAUGGACCUUGUUGGCAUGGCCGGAUUCCCUUUUCACGUGAUGAGGUUCAAGAAGGAACUGGAACAGUGGACAGGACACCCAGGAACUUAUCCGGCAGCUCAAUUUGAUCCCCACAUGGAAAGGUCGCAACAGUGGAAAGACGUCAGGAAGGAAAUGCACGAAGCUAUUGCGGCCAAAGAUGAGGCUCGUGUUCUAAAGUGCCUGGAUGCUGCGCCUGCAUUGAAACUGUGGUUGGAUCCUGACACAAAAAAGUCAGCUCUUUACAAAGCAGUCGAAGAGAAAGCUUUCCGUAUUCAUGGUCUCUUAGUCUCGCACGAAUGCGCCCUCAAAGACGACGAAGAAUCAUCGUGUUACCAAGGUCUCACACGCCUUGAACGAGCUGAAAUUCGUCGGCAACAAUAUUACACCACCAAAUACGAGGACUCUUACAUCGACUAUCUGAAAAGCAAAUCGCGGAGCGCCACCGGAUGUGAUGACUUCGGUGUACGAUUGGAGAAGAUGUUUAAGCAGCUCUCCAGUGAUGAAGUAAACAGGAUUAUUCUCAAAGUUGUUUCAACAGCACCACACCUAGAAAUAGUGUUCGACUCUGCGGCUAAAAACGUUCAGGGGAUUACUGGAUCCGGCGGGUGUUCCACACGCGGUCUGACCUAUCCUGAAGAACAAAUGGUUUGUGUUUGCGGCAGCAUAGAGAAGCGAGAAGUUUGGGGAACUCUCAUUCAUGAGUUGUCCCACAUGGCGCUGUCCUUAGUUUACAAGAAUGAGGGAAAGCCAUAUAACCGCGGCGAUAAGAAGAAGGAACGUGACUACCAAGAAAUUCUGAACGACGUUAAAGGAAGGAAAAAUAAUGUGCAUUUCCUUAUCCAGAAAGCCUUCGACAAUAAUGAGGAAGAAGAGCUAAUUGUACGGAUUCCUCACAUACUGACCGAAUGUGACGAAGGAAAUAGGAUUCUGGAGCUUCAAGCACCGAAACUACUAAAGUUUUUCAAGGACACUGUCAUGCCAGACAUGCAGAGAUACAUUAUGAAUGGAAUCCCGUCCAUAGAUUCAACGGAAAUCGAAAAAGAGAACAUAAGACUUGGAAAAGCUUCCCAUGUUGGCCAAUUCAAAGUCAAUUUCGAGAAGCCGCUGGACCUGCGUGACCUGCAAAAUAUACCUCUUCUCGUCCUUGCGGGUCCAGAAUUGAGACUCCUCGAAAUAAUGGUUUACAACACUGUGCAAUCCACGGGGCAGCCAUACUUGUUUUUCGAAGCAAACCAAAAAAUGGACCCUACGCUGAACCAUGUGUUAGUGAACUACAAAUGUCGAUUUGUGCUUGUAACGGUUUAUCCAAACAAAAACGUCCAAGAUGUUAUUGCACUUCUGAGUGAAGUAUCCCGUGUGACUGGAACAAACGUCAUCUUCCUUGUGGAAGACAGCGGCAAAUCUUCCUUGUUGGAGCAAGUGCAAGGAGACGCAUUCUUUGCCGCUGGACUUGUAGUGCAUAACAUCCUUGAAGCCAGUUUGGAACAUGUUUCGAAUAGCUGCAAAGAAGAAGUGUUCGAAAAAUCUGGCGUAGAACUUCAGGGCAUUUAUGUUUCUUCCUUUCCUGAAGCAAUGAAUAUGGACACCUUCUCAUGUUGUGUAGACACUUCGGUUUUCCUAAACCUCUGUGAGCAUAAAAACAUUAACCUGGGACCUCCGCUUCAUGAACUCGAAGAAUGUGUUCAGAACUGUUAUGUGGAGCGAGUGUUUACAAGGGCCGUGAAAAUUGACCUCAAAAAGUGCAGAAUGGACGACGAGAAUGAGGCUUUCGCACUUUUGGGGUGUCCGCAUGAUUGUGCUGCAAAACUUGUACCUGAUGGCUACGAGGCAAAACAUCAGAAAAAUUUAAUGCAGUUUGAAAAAUUUGUGAUCCUUAAGGAACCAUGUGACUAUGAAGCUCUCCUGAAAAAUGGUAAUUACCAAGGGAAGGUAGUGCAUCUGUUGCGGACCACCAAAUCCGGUAACGAAGUGCUGUGGACUAAAUCAAAUGGUCGUCUCAGUCACCUUUCAGCGACGGGAAGUGACGAUUAUACCACGGAGGUGUUGCUGAAGGUGCCCGAGAAGGUCGUCGUCGUCUCUGGUACUCCUGGUAUGGGAAAGAGUGUGUUGGCAUCUCGGAUGUGUACACAGGUAAAAACUCAAGACGAGAAGCGGUGGGUGCUCUACGUCGACCUUCCUCGGAGAAUGAAAUUAGUGAAAACUGCGUCUCCUACUCUGAAAUAUCUAGCGGAUCUGUGCCAAGUACAGAAAGAUGGGCUGGAGUUCGUCUUGUUCGAAGAAAGCUUGAACAAUGGGAGCCCUUUCAAGGUCGUUGUCAUGUUGGAUGGCUUCGAUGAAGUAACCGAAGAAUGUCGAGAGUGUGUGGGGGAACUUGUACAGUUUCUAGCUGAGAGAGAAGUUUACAAGGUGUACAUUUUUACUCGCACUGUGUUUAAGCGUGAUGUACAAGAUGCCCUGCACACGGUGUCAUAUGAUCUCGUUCCCUUUUCUGUACAGAACCAGAAUGAUUUCCUCACAAAAUGUAGGGUCCAAACAGAAACUUCAGCGACCAGGAAUGACGCAUUUGCGGCAAAAUUCCAGCAACUGUACGCGACACUGAAAGAGAAAAACAAGACAAUCCUGGAAACCCCACUCCUACUUCGCAUGAUGGCACAGAUGGAGAGCGGGGAAAUUACGGAGUCGCACGAUUACUCUUCGCUGCUUAAUAUUGCUGACAUUUGUGGCGGCAGUAUAUACACUGUACACAUCUACAAGAUGUUUGUCGACUACAAGCAUCUUGUGCACCGAAAAGAAAAGUUGAAGGAAGACAUCGUCCUACGUGCCACGCGAGGGGAGCACGAAACAGCGCAGUCUUCAUUCUACACACACCAUCGUCUCCUCGCUAUGAAGUGUAUAUUUCCUCAGGAUAUAUUGCAAACCUUAUUGAAUGAAGACGAAUUAGUGCAGUUAGAUCCAGAAGGAAGUAUCAUGAAGGGCGUUGUGGACAAUUCUCUCAAAGAAGGUUUUGUGAAUAGAAUUAAUGGAGGAAUUCCCGAGUUCGUUCAUAAGACUUUCGCCGAAUUUUUCGCAGCUCAAUAUCUCCUCGAGAAGGCAAAGAUAAGGACAAAAUCGAGCUAUUGGGAAAAAGUAGUAGAACUAUAUGGUAAAGAAGACUACGAGGGUGUAAUGCUGUUGUUCGAUGGACUGGCGUCAGAGUCCUGUCCACUUCACUCUGCUGUGAUAAACAACGACGCUUCUUAUUUUGAGCAACGUGUUAUUCAAAAAGAAGGCAUGCUCGCUGUCGAUGAGCUAAAAAGGACGCCGUGGCACGUAGCAGCCCUGCAUUCUGAUAAAGCAACACUGAAAAGGCUUCCAAUGGAUGAUGCACUAAUCCAGAAUGAUUUGUUUAAUAUGUCACCGUUGGGGUACAUGGAACUUUUUUCCCCAUGGAUGGAUGUUUUGUCGACUGGGACUUCGACUGUGAAAGGCAGACUCGACGUAUUAUGCGCUCGAUGCAGUGAGGAAGCAGUGAGGCGUUCUAACGAAAAUCUGCGCAGGUUUCAAACCUUGGAGCAAAAGGGAUAUUUUAUUGAACGAGCAAUAUUCACGGCUGUGAGACUCGACCUACGAGGCGUUUUAGACGUGUGUCUGAGCUAUGUGUCCCCGAGAGAGAGUACAGUAGAUCUGCACAGAGACAUCAUGGACCAAUUAGAAUCACGCAAGGAACGAAGCUUGAGAUGUUCUGCAGAGUCUUCGGUAAUUAGAAACCUUGAUAGUUUUACAGACAGUAGCAAUAGAACUGUCCUUUUUUACGCAAAGUCCGAGACUGUUUGUAAAAUGCUCGUUCCUUACUGCGAUAUGGGAAUUCUUGAUGAGGAUGGAAACACAAUGUUGCACAUUAGCGCGGAUGAAGGAAAUCUGGAGACAACACAGUUUCACCUCGCACAUUUUUCCAUUAACGAUAGAAAUAGAUACUUUCAAACUCCUUUGCACUUGGCUGAAGAUGCAGAGAUUGUGAGGCUACUUCUUCCUCUUUAUCCCUCAGUGAAUGUUCUCGAUUAUGAUCAACAAACUCCGAUGGGUAUAUGUGCAAAGAGAGAUGAUUUGGAGGCCAUGAAGUUAUUACUCCUUCGCACUCGAACAUAUGACACACAUCACAUCAGACUGAACACAAUACUUCAUGUGGCUUCUGACUCUCAUUCCCUUAAAGCUGUGACGUUCCUUCUACCUCACACAAAUGCGCAAAUGCUUAACCGCGCUUGGACAGGUUUGCAAUAUGGGACGACUUUGGAGUCCAACGUUGUGAGGUGUCUCAUCCCACACUCGAUCGUGAACUCACCUGAAACGUUCGGCUCAUCACCGUUGUACGUCUGGGCUAUAGAUGGUAGAAGGAAAGCAAACUCUAUGCAAACUCUAUGGCCUUAUUUGCGACACAGUGACCCUAGGCAUGCACAGAGGAUCAGCAGAAGCCAUGUGUUGGUGUGGAUGACCAGGGAUUUUCAAAAAGAAAUUUGGUGUCUGAAACUUCUCUUCCUCCACUUAGAUGACAUCGCUGGUGAUCGUUGUGGCUGUAAACUGCUACAUGAUGUGGCCAAGAAAAAGCUACGUGAGAUAAAAGAAGAAAAUUUCAUUAAUUACGUGAAGCUGUUACUGCCGCAUUUAAAUCUCACUCAGCAGGAUUAUGUAGAACGUGGAGUUAAAAAUGAGGACAUUGUAACCUUAUAUCGGGGAUGGUCGGACACGAAUAACAUCGAUGAUCCCCACAUUGACGAUGUCGACACGGAAAUGAUUGAUGACGAUGACAAUACGGAGUUGCUAAUGGAAGCAGAGGAAGGUGAUGUGGAAGCUGUUAAGAUUCACCUCUCCCCUUCAUCCGUGUGGUUUACAGAUGAAGAAGAGAACACUGCAUUGCAUUUGAGCGCGUCGAAUGCACACACAAAUGUGGUGAAGCUUCUCAUUCCUUUUUAUACAUCAGUGGACGUGAUCAAUGUGCAUGGAGAAACGCCCAUGCAUGUGUGCGCCUCAAAUGGACACCUGGGCGUUGUAAAGUUAUUAUUACUCCGCUCUAGAAUGAGUUUCCGUGACGUGGUUGGAAGGACACCUCUUCACUGGGCCUGUGAAACUGAUGAAGUUGAUAUCGUGAACUUCCUUCUUCCCCACUCAUUUCCUAAUAUGCGUGACGGGUUGGGUUUCACGUGCUGCGCUCUUUCCGUGAUGGAAGAGGAAAUGAAUGUUUUGAGAUGUAUCAUCCCUCACUCUCUUAUAAAAUGCCCUGAUUCGAGAGGCUAUUCACCAACUCGAAUGUGUGCAAGGGGUUAUAGGAGAGAAGAGCUGGUGACAUUAUUGCCAUAUUCUUGUGAUUAUGACGCAGUGAGUUUAUUGACUAUUCUCCCGCUGUCAAUUUUUAAGGACGAUAUGAGUAUGGAAGCUACGUCUUGUCUGAAACUGAUGGUACUCCACUCAAAUGUCAGUGCGGUAGAUAAGUGUUUACGUGAAACACUCAACGACGUUGAAAAGUUUCACGUUGUAGAGUCUGAUGCAGAGAGUGAUGAGAGUGAUGUAUUCCUGAGUCUAGAAGAGCUAUUACUACUCCUGAACUAUAUUUCUCUCUUGCUUCCGCAUACAAAUGUUUCUGCUAAGGACGAUGAAGGCAUACUAUUACAAGGAGCCCUCCAAAGUAUCCAAGAUCCCGAAUUGGUUAGCUUCCUUCGGAAAUGGACUCGCUUGAGUGACUUUCAUUCAUGAUGCUGACGAUUGUUUGCAAUGGUUGUGGUUAAGCACCAAGUGGCACCGAGCUGUCAAUGGACACGAGCCCUGAAGAUGAUAUAGCAGUUUUAAUAGAGGUAUCAACAGCAGUAUACUGAGUCCUUGCCUUCAUCCGAGAAAGCACAAAUAUUCAUCCAGUGUCAAAAUGAAAGAAAAAAGAUCACUUUUCUGAUUUUUUGUGAUUGUGAUUAUGACUUACGCAUUUUGUUUCUUAUUCCUUAUGUUACAAAGUACUAUUCCGUAGUAGGUUCAUAAGGUGAUUUGAAAAUGUGUAAAAAAUGUGUCUAUUCCUAAUGUGCUAGUAAUAUGGUUAGCAAUGAUAUGCCACAGUAUUAGAAUACGGCUGCGUGCGAUUAUGUUUGGUGUCAAAUGUAUAUACCCAAAUGUCAAAUGUAAAUGAACAAAAGUGUUUUUCGCACAUUGGAGAAGGUUUAAUUCAAAUUAUUUUGGAACUCUCGCUCACUUCGCUGCAGAGUUGUGUAAAGUAAAUAUUGUCGAGCGAAACACAUGUGUGAUACAGUCGUACUUUUAUUACGACCUAAUAAAUGUAAGGGUUCCAAAUUGCUUUCCCAGUUAUCGUUACAGAUUACGGAACAUAUUACUUUGAAGUAAUCAAGGUUCGUGUAAAGAAACCUCGACUGACUCAAAUAUGCCUGUUACAAAUUAGAUUUGUGUACGUGUAAUUAAAUGAUUAUAUGCAGUUGU